AUGGCGGCGUGGAAGUCGUGGAUUGUGGCGGAAAAAGCACGAAGAUGUUUACGGACAAUGUUCUUUAUGGCAACAAUGACGGCAUCUCUAUUAGCUUCGUCAUUACCGGUUCUAAUCACGGUGGUUGAUGUGGUGGUUCCUUGUCUUAUAGUCUCUAGCAUCACGUGCCUCACGUGCUACUCUGCUUCAGAACAUUUUCUUCAGUAUAGUUUCAAGAACUCUUUCAUUGAUGUACCACUCAUCUCUCUCCUUAGAUCUCUCGCCAUUAUAUGUCUUUCUUGGAUAUGUGAAGACACAAGAUUAGCUAAUGGUCUUUAUCUUGAAACAGUGAUGUUAUCUUCCUUUGGUGGGUUUCUUAUACUUUUGGUUAAAGCUUGUGUUGUCACUGUAAAUACUCAUCUAGAAGCAAAAGUUUAUUACAUCAAGAUCUCGUGGGGAAUGCCGGUUUUGCUACUUUCGUCUGCGGUUUUCGGUUUAGCUCAUGUCGUGGUCGCUUAUAGAAUGAGUUGUGUAGCAAGAAGGAAGCUCAUGUACCACAAAAUUGACCAAGAAGCUGUUCUUUCGUGUAAAUCCGGUUUCUCGGGUUACAAGAAGGCGCAUCGUCAAUCUCUCACUCGAUUAAACUGCAAAAUCUUAACUUAUGCUGGUGAAUUCAGACCAACCUCUUUCAGGGGAACAUCUUUGGAUAGAGAAGAGUUAUUACAACCAGGACUACUUGCAAAUGCAGACAGUUUAUUCAUCAAGAUCCAUGGCUUAAACGUACAUUACAAGCAGUGUGAUUCACCGUCUAUCGUAAGCGGUUCUGCAGUAGAAAUGAAUGUAAGAAGGCUGAGAGUACUAGACAAGCAGAUGUCAAACUUAAUCGCGCAAACUCAAAGCAAUCAUUUGCAUCGAAGCUACACUAUGCAGCCCGAUAGAUCAUCGUUAUACGCUCCUCUGUUAGCUAGUUACUCAACUACUCCUAUUAGCUUUUUCGAUAAGGAUGAUAUGAAUCAAAUGGAUUCUAUGAAUCUUGGUGAUGAUUUGGAGAGAAAUGAGAAUGUUGGUAUAGUUCUUGUUCAUGGAUUUGGAGGUGGAGUCUUCUCAUGGAGACAUGUAAUGGGAGAAUUGUCUAUUCACCUCGGUUGCAGAGUCGUUGCAUAUGACCGGCCUGGUUGGGGCUUAACCUCGAGGCUUAUCCGUAAAGAUUGGGAAGAGAGAAAUCUAGCUAACCCUUACAAACUUGAAAGCCAGGUUGGUCUACUACUUUCUUUUUGUUCCGAGAUGGGAUUUUCAUCGGUUGUACUCGUUGGUCACGACGAUGGCGGUUUGCUUGCUCUCAAGGCUGUUGAAAGAGUACAAACAUCCUCUACCUUCAAAUGCAAUAUUGCAAUCAAAGGAGUGGUUUUGAUAAAUGUUAGUUUAUCAAGAGAAGUAGUUCCUGCAUUUGCAAGGAUACUUCUUCAUACUUCACUUAGGAAGAAGCACUUGGUUCGUCCAUUGUUGCGAACCGAAAUAACCCAAUUGGUGAACCGGCGUGCGUGGUGUGAUACUACCAAGUUAACCACUGAUGUCAUAAUGCUCUACAAGGCUCCUCUAUGUUUAGAAGCUUGGGAUGAAGCACUCAAUGAGAUAAGCAAGUUAUCGUAUGAGAUGAGUCUUUCGCCUCAAAAUGCAUCAGCUCUGUUGAAAUCUAUGGGAGAUCUUCCAGUUUUAGUUGUUGCCGGGGCUGAGGAUGCUCUUGUACCUUUGAAAUCUUCACAAGUUUUAGCUUCAAAACUCGCUAAUUCUAGAUUUGUAGCGAUAUCUGGAUGCGGACAUUUGCCACACGAGGAGUGUCCUACAACACUUGUUUCCGCUCUCGAUUCCUUCAUUUGCAGACUGAUACCUAAACUAUCGAACUCCUAA